GUGUACGGUAGCCUCGAGGGACAAAAUAGACCCCACACAGAAACACCACAGUGACUUCAGAAACUACUGAGACCGGCAGACAUCACUAUAGUGACCCAUAUAACCACUGUCUGUCCAAUUAACCUUUCAGAGACAUGAUGGAGCUUUCAUAUCAAUCUAUGAAAGUCGCCCACCAAGCCCGGGAAGCGGAUGAGCUGAGGACUGAGAUGAGGAAGAAGAGCCUCCUCAUCCUCAUUUACAGUCACCUGCUGGGGCAAGGCUACGUGUCUGCAGCAGUGGCCUUGGACCAGGAGACGAAUGGAGGUACGAGGAAGUUCGAGGUCUGUGAUAACAUCGAUUUGGAGAUGGUGCUGAUGGAGUACGAGAGUUAUCACUACGUCAAGUUCCAGAAAUAUCCCAAACUUAUCAGAAGAACAGCAGAACAAGGUGAAAACAUCAAAGCAAGAAGUGGUGGAGUAAAGAGGAGUCCCUGUUCAGCUGUAAAACCUCUUCCCAAAAUCAACCCGUCCCAGAGCGCACAGUCUGGAAACGGAGCCAAGAAGACAGCUGCCAGUUCACAUACAAAUGAGAAUGGCUAUUCUGUUCCUGCAGAGUCGUCAGAGUUUGGUCUCAACGUUUCUUCCUUCAAAAAUGGACCAUCUGGGGAGGCAGCCGUGAACAGAAAGGGCCAGAUGACUGACGGCAAAGGUUCAAUACAUGAUGCUGUCAAAGGAGUUGGCAGUGACUCAGACCACAUGGAACGGCUGCUGAAGCCCCUCAGUGGCUUUUCUGGAAUGAGCGGUGAGAUGAGAGAACUUGCUUCAAUCAUCAGCAGGGACAUCUAUUUGCACAGCCCCAACGUGCGGUGGGAGGACAUCAUCGGCCUGGAGGACGCCAAGCGAUUAGUCAAAGAGGCCGUCGUCUAUCCCAUUAAGUACCCCCAGCUGUUUACAGGCAUCCUGUCUCCGUGGAAGGGCCUGCUGCUAUAUGGCCCCCCUGGUACGGGUAAGACGCUGCUUGCCAAGGCCGUGGCUACAGAGUGUAAGACGACCUUCUUCAACAUUUCAGCCUCCAGCAUCGUCAGCAAGUGGAGGGGAGAUUCUGAGAAACUGGUCAGGGUUCUGUUUGAGCUGGCCAGGUACCACGCCCCAUCCACCAUCUUCCUGGAUGAGCUGGAGUCAGUGAUGAGCCAGAGAGGAACCAACAUGGGAGGAGAGCAUGAGGGGAGUCGCAGGAUGAAGACUGAGCUGCUGGUUCAGAUGGACGGACUGGCGAGAUCAGACGACCUGGUGUUUGUACUGGCUGCCUCCAACCUGCCUUGGGAACUGGACCAUGCCAUGCUGAGGAGGUUGGAGAAGAGGAUUCUAGUUAGUCUUCCCUCCUCGCCAGCUCGCCAAGCCAUGAUCUCUCAUUGGCUGCCUCCUCUCAGCUCCACAGGAGGGGUGGAGCUACGAACUGAGCUGGACUAUGAAACUCUAGCAAAGGGGAUGGAGGGUUAUUCUGGCUCUGAUAUAAGACUGGCGUGUAAGGAGGCCGCCAUGAGACCAGUCCGCAAGAUCUUUGAUGCUCUGGAGUCACAUCAGGAUGGAGACACUUCCAUGCCUGCCAUCCAGCUGGAAACUGUGAAAACAGCUGACUUCCUGGAAGUCCUCACGCACACCAAACCCUCGGCCCGGAACCUGAUGGACAAAUACACAGCGUGGGAGAGAGAGUAUGAGUCUGUCUGACACACAUGCAAAAAAAAUAUACUUUUAUACUGACCACUAUAGCAUAUCUGACAGAGAAGGUUUUGUUUACUGUAUACAAACUGACCUACUGCUGUUAGUGGGAGCCAUGGCAAGAUUGUGCUCUUUAUUAGGGCUUUCCCCAAUAAUUUAUUUUAAGCUACCACACAUUACAUACCCUGAUAUUUAAAUAGUAUUACAAAACAAAAAUAGUAUUACUUUAGUAAGUUGACAUAAUUUACAAAAAAAAAAAUACUUAAGUUUAACUAACUAAUUUAAUUACCUCAAUUUGUCCCCAUGAUACAACUUCUGGUGGAAUAUUUGACAUUCAAUUAAAUCUUCCCACACCUCAAAUUUCUUAAGCAUAAUUUUUGCCACUCAAAUUAAGUUUUUAGUCUCAAGUAAAGAAAAAUACCAAAAACCAAAAUACUGAAAUAAUGUGCAAUUACAAGCCUCCUGAACAAAAACCUGAAAAGUUUGAUAUUCUGAGCCAGUGCUGCUAUUUGUAUGCCAUAUUUCUUAAUUUAGUUUAUCUGUACAAUGAUAAUAAACACAAUGAAAUAAUA